GAAAAAGUUGAAACUGAAUAAUUUUUUAGCUAGAGAACGACGAUCGUUUCAUCAACUUUUGGCGCUGGGUGACGCAACCGUUUUGCCACGCCACAGGACGCCAUCUUAGUUUUUUGGCGGGGUGCGUUGUUGACACAUGUCCUCUGCGUAUUCUCGAAGUUUUCCGGUAGAGAAUAUAUUAUAAACUAAUGAAUCCAAGUUCAAAGUGAUCAGAAUCAACUCGAUAUUUCUUGACGAGGUUAUUUUCUUGGUUUUGGCAUCAGACGGUGUGGGCGGCACGCAGAUACUGACUUGUUGUUCAUCAAUAAGAGGUUAUUAACGAUCGACAGACAAAGCUUCACACGAUGAGUAAACCAGAUUCUAAGUAUCAUUUUCGCAGUUCGGAGAAGACGCCGAACGGCAAAAAAGUGGUUGAAAUUGUCCCUUCGUCUUGGGUGACAGACAAAAUUGAAGAGAGAGGGAUGUGCUGCUUCCCACCACACACAGAUUAUAACAAAUUGGAGAAAUGGGUGAGGAACGAGAUUUCGCCAAAAACUUCAUGGGAAAAAUUAGAGUGAAGUACACAAAGGCACAGAAGAAGUUUGAGAACUUCAGAUUUAGGAUCAACGGAUUCUGAAACCGAGAACCCAGUUAAACGAGUAGUUCAGCUCUCAAAGAAACGUGCCGCAUCCGAGAUGGGAACUGUUUUUUCGUUGAAUCCUCUAGAAAAUAUUCCGGAAGGAGGAGACGAUGUCUUAUCAGAAUCGUUCCACACUGACAAUCAGCCAGGGGAAACACAAUUGCCUACUGCUCCCCCACCAGUCAGAACACCCAAGUCAUCUGAUGUACCUCAACCAACACAUGAAAACGCUGGUUCGUUGAAAAUGGGAAAGAAAGCCGAGUUGACAGAGCGUCUUGUCAAACUGCGAGAAGAAGCAAGUGAUGAUCCGAUGAAACAAUUUUUUGUUGACUACUUCGACGCUUCGAUGAACUUACUCGUCUACAAGUUUAGAGGCGACUUGGAGAACCAGAGACGAUCGAAUCAAUAUGAUUUGAAGAAGACCAAGAAUGAAUUGAAAGAAUCGUUCAUCAUACGUCCACUCAUCCAGAAAGAGUCGACCACCAAACUGCUCGACAAGCUGGGAACAACUUUGCCCAUGAAGAGUCCAGGAGAUUUUGAAAAAUGGGAAAAAUCUCUAGAUCCGCAGGCCGAAGAAAAUCGAGAGAAACCUGAGGGAGUGACUGACAAAGUGACAGCUCUGAAACAGGACAUGACGAUUGAAACAUCCGGCUCCACAGAUCCAUCAACAGACGUGAAGAUACUUCUUGGUUUAUUAAUUACCAAAACGGUUCAAUUAGAGUACAGUGGCGCUGGUCGCAGAGUACGUGGUGUAGGGAAGAAAAAUUUCAGCGCGACGUUCACAUACAAGUGCAUGAAUGAGUUCCUCAUGGAAAAGUAUGGAAAAUCCACCAAGGAAAUGAAGGUCCUAUCCAUCACCAGCCAGUUUUUGUCAGGAGCUUCUGAUUGUGAAGGUGGACGUGCGGAGCAGGCAACACAGAACAAAGAAUAAUCGUCGCGGUAUUCGGUUCAACCAUUAGCUUUUUCCCCACUAUAUUUAUACGAAAAAAAUCUGAAAGUCAUCAACCUCAAUUCAAAGUCUUCCAAGCUAAUAAUUCAGAGUAUAAUCUAUUGUAUUUUUCCUCGUUAAGUUGAUUGAAACAAGGUACA